GUCAUGCGUCUCAUAUUGAAAAAUAUAGCAGGAUGAAGAUCGUUCUCUCUGCUGCCUUGCUAGAAUACACCAGAUGUCCUGUGAAAAGUUUUGCUCUAAUUUUGCAUCUCACUGCUUCUCAAUUUAUUUCAAAGCUCAAAGGACCGGAAGAUCAUUUCCAAAUGUUUGUGUUAAAUCAUAUUCACAUCAUCUUUUAUGCUGUAAUGCUGAAAUCCUGCUUCUAAUAAUGCUGUUGAUGUACUGUUUUGGCAUGUGUGGUUUUUUUCCUCCUUUCUUGUUUUUGUGGAGUAGGAAGGAGUUCUGUGAGCUGUGCCUGGCUAAGGACAGGCAAACAAACAAAGUCUUUGUCUGCAAGAAAUUUCUCAAGAAAGAUGGCAGGAAAGUCCGCAAGGCUGCCAAGAACGAGAUCAUGAUCCUCAAAUUGGUGAACCACCCAAACAUCCUUCAGCUCAUAGACACGUUCGAGACCCGGAAAGAAUAUUACAUCAUCCAGGAACUGGCCACAGGGGGCGAUGUCUUCGACUGGAUUCAGGACCAAGGCAACUACACAGAAAGAGACGCCUCCAACGUCAUCAGACAAGUCCUGGAGGCAGUCGCAUACUUGCAUUCUCUCAACAUAGUCCACAGGAACCUCAAGCUGGAAAACCUAAUGUACUACACUGAGAACAACCACAACAAAGUGGUUCUGCGAGAUUUCUACCUUUCUCGAUUUGAGAAUGGGCCCAUCACAGAACCUUGUGGAACACCAGAAUACUUGGCACCGGAAGUAGUGGCUCGUCAUCGAUAUGGCCGACCUGUGGACUGCUGGGCUGUGGGUGUCAUCAUGUUCAUACUCUUAUCAGGUAACCCUCCGUUUUACGAUGAGACAGAAGAGGAGAACACGGAUCUACAUAAUCGCAUCAUUUUCUGUCGAAUUGUUGCUGGUGAUUUUGAGUUUGAUUCUCCAUACUGGGAUGACAUCUCUCCUGCAGCUAAGGAGCUUGUCUGCCGUCUCAUGGAGGUGGACCAAAUGUUGAGAAUCACAGCACAAGAUGCACUUUGGCACGAAUGGAUUGCAGGUAAUGGUGCAUCAGAGAAGAACCUAAAGGAUGGUGUAUGCGCCCAGUUUGAGAAGAACUUUGCAAAGGCCAAAUGGCGGAAAGCAAUCCGUGUCACGACCUUCAUGCAGCGUCUGAAGAACUCCGAGUCAACAAUUGAUAGUUCAGCUGACAUACAGGGUGGUCAAGAUGCAGGGGAUGCAAACGAAGGGCUGUCCGAGGUGACAAGUGACAAGGAAGCUGGCAGGGUCAUAGAAGGCAGGGUGAUAACAGGUGGUGUGCCUUUAGAGGUAAUGGUUGAAAAAAGGCCAGCAGACAUCGACCAUGAGGUCGAAAAACAGCAGGAAGUAAAGGUGAAUCUUAAAGUUGGUGCAUUGCCCUCCUGCGAUAAGCUUGGCACAAAGAAAGUGCAAUAUGGUCAUACCAAGAAAACAGCUGUCAAAUUGGAUGAAAAUAUAGAAUCCGAAAUAACGCCCACUACGACUGCUGAACGCACCGAACCAUCAGACAAUAUUUCAUUUUCUCAUCCUGAGAGGAAACAGACGUGCAACUCCCCAGAUCCUAGCGAUAAAGUCAAGAUGGCUGCAACAUUUCAUGGGCCUGCACCCGCAGCUCCAGCUAACACUACACACAAGAAUGGAAAUGACGGAAGCUGGUGUCAGACGCAACUCCCUGAGGCGGUGGCAGAGACUUCUGUGGGACCGUCAGUCACUCCGGCAAUUGCGCCGGGAACUAGGCCGGAUGUAGGUCUCGGUGUUAGGUUAAAGGGUGAAGCUAGUCCUGUGUUAAGGAAGGACAGGGAUGCCAAGAAAACAGACCGAUAUAGUGCAGAGUUUAAUAUUGCCAGAGAAGGUUCUGCAGCAGGUCAGGGCUGCUAUGCAAUUGGCAGCUCUGCUAGUUUAGGCCGGCACGCCACACCAUACAAUAGAGACAUUGCGACCGUAGGCAUGGGGAUGGCAGGGACCUAUGGGAGUCCAUACUGCACGUUGUAUGCAAGUGGAAGUAGUGUUGGAAUGUACGGGACCGGUUUGCAUCACGGAGGAAUGGGCAGCAGUACGGCCAGCGACUGGCAAAUGGACAGUGUGAUUGAGCAGAUAGAAAAGCAAAUGGUGGCAGUGCUGGAGAAGAUCGAGGGAGAGAUGCCCUCAUUGCUAGAGCAAAUCAGUGACUGCCCCCCCGAAACGCUACGCAUCAGGAGCACGCACGCCUCGCCUGCCACCUCGCGGGCACGCACCGCGCACCAUCACGCCUCUGCUGAGGCCUUGGCCACACCGCCACCUCUUCCGACUUCGCCCAGGCCCGCGGUGCCGUCCCUCCCUCGCCUUACUAUCCCUCCUCCUGCCUACCCUCCGCCCUCCCCACCGUCUCAAGCCCCAGUCCAGGCCACAGGAGAUCAAGAGUGUGGGCAGAGUGCCAGUGAAUCUUCUGGACAUUUCUCCAGAGCUGGGUUAGGCAAAGGGUUAUGAAGCAAACCAUCCAGAUGGGAGGACUGAAAAUGGCAGCUGACUGGAUGGAAGGAAGUCAAUCCUAUUCUUGUCUUGAUUUAUAAGUUACUCUGUCACACCAAAACAGUGCAGGAUAAGAUAAGAUGGCUUCUUAGUACAUCUUUUAUUCUACCAAACUCUACAACAGUUGAAUAAAAGGGAACACACGGGAACUUUAAAAGAAGGCUACAAAGAGCAUGAUUUUUUUUUAAAUGUGUCCAUUGUAUGCUCACUACGCAACAGCAUCAUUCUGGAAUCCAGAUGCUUUUUGUAGUUUGACAAAAAUGUGCGGAAUGGGAAAAAACGCUGUAUAAGAAAUGACAAACCACUAUUUGAACAUGUCCUGCAGAUUGUAAAUAGGUUUAUUGUAACUUCCUUCCUAAUUCUUGUUAUGCUGUGUUGUGAAAGUCCUCAUGUCUAAACAUCUUUGAACAUUAUUAAUCAAGGAGUUUGGGUUCUAAUUUCAUAAUUUUAAUGUAACCAUUAAUUUGAGAAUGAGGUCAAAAUUGCAGCCAACUGAUGAAACCACCGCAAUAGAAAUCUACUAAUUUUAAAAUACAGCUCCCAAAGUCACCAAAAUUUUUUUUUGGGGGGGGGGGGUGAGAAGAAAUCCACUUAUUUCCAAUCACAAAUGUAAAACUAAUUUUGAUUUCAUAAAUGGUUUAUUGAAUCUGUAUACCUCCAUAUUGGAUCCUUUUCUCUGGGAAAAAAUAUUCACCAUUCUACCAAAACAGUAAAAUAUAUUGUAUUGGCAAGUCUUUCAUUAAAAAAUAAAAAUUUCAGCUUUUUUAUACAUUGAUGUUUUUUUCAUAAAGUAGUAUAAACUAGCACUGACUAAAAUGUAGUUACAAAGCACACAGCCUUCAAAUUAACGUUGAUCAAUUCUAUUAUAGAGGACCUCCCCCCCCUUCUAUUCAAGCACUUCCAUUUCUACUUUAAUAACUCUAAAAUCGACAUUUUCUUUUUUCAAUAACCAUUGAUGUCUUACUAAAGUUGUCCCAAAAACUAUAUAUUUAAUUGGCAUAAAGAACUCGACUUAUUUUACUAUCAGAAAUGUAAAAGGGAUUUAGUUUAUUCAUGCUUUUUGGGGUCUAUGUAACCCCCAUUUUAUGUGCUUUUCUCUGGAUCUAGUCUUAUCCACGCUUCUAUGGGAAAUAUUUUGUCUGCAAGUAUUGCAAUAAAAGGAAAUAUCUUUAGAAGAUUUAUUUGUUUUUAUUUGUGGUGAUUAUUAAAUUACUUAAAAUCAUUAAUGAC